AUGGAGGUAGAACAAGAAUCCCGGAACUGUUUGACAAUCAACACGCAUCAAGGGUUAUACCGUUAUAACCGGUUGGUAUUUGGAGUUACAUCAGCACCUGCAAUCUGGCAGAGAUCAAUGGAUCAAGUUUUAGAAGGAGUGAAUGGAACAAGCUGUAUCUUAGAUGACAUGAUUAUCACUGGGAAAGAUGAUGAUGAACACCUGGAAAACCUGAAGGAGGUGCUAAAGAGGUUGAAAGAGCACGGGGUGGGGGAUUGAACACCCUCCCCCCUCCCCCACUCGUCAGCAAAUCGGCAAAUUGUUAUCUCAGCCGGCAAAACUGGAUUGGCUAAAGAUAACCAGUGAAAAAACCAAAAUUGACUUCUUCAAUAAUUGAAUUCAAACCGAAUAUCACGGAAGGAAUCCCGAGACACUGAAUAUACACAAAUUAAUACACUCUUUCUUUAGUAUUAUUAUUAUUAUUAUUAUUAUUAUUAUUAUUAUUAUUAUUUGUUUAAACACGGUAACCUAUCAGUUUUUUACGUAAUUAUUAUUCUUAACGUAAUUAUUAUUAUUAUUAUUCUUAAUCAUUUGUACCAUAAUGUAGCCAGGUUGCCUAGUACUUUUUUGUGAGAGCUGGUUGUUUGUAAUAUUUGUAUGAAAUAAAAUGUGUUUCCAUUAUUAUUAUUAUUAUUAUUAUUAUUAUUAUAGAUUUUUGCUGACCAAGAAGAGUGCAGAUUCCAACAAACGAUAGAUAGAUAGAUUUAUUACCUCGGGUCGGUACGACACCGAGGUCAUAAAUUCGGCUACUAUUUUUUUCCAUUUUGUGUCGAGUCGCGCGAGUAGUCGAAGAGCCUGCGGAGGAGACGACAACUUCCGGUAAAUAAGUGUACUUCCGGGAAAUUUCAAGCAUCAGCCAAAGCGAAACGGAACCCGAAGCUGUCCUUGCACAAAAUCCGUCAAAAUUGUUGAUUUAAAACCAAAAGAUGUGAUAAUUUUGACAAACAUGUUUAGCUGGAUAACUAUUCUCGAGUAUAUGUUGAUAUAAUAAUGUACAAUACUUCGUAUGCAUAGCAUGGGAAUACCGCGGCCAACUUUCACUUGUUUGAUACUGCUAAGCAUUUUAUGGAUGGUUCUUACUGUAACUAGUAGACAACAAUUUUGCCUAAUGUCCACUCUUUUACAUUCUUCGAUUACAUUACAUUCUUCGACUGUGUUACAACUAUUACUAAUGAUGUAAUAUAAGUUCAAUUUAAUCAAUCUUUUAUCACACUACAUUAAAUAAUAUCUAACAUCUCUCGUCCGCCAUACUUGAAUCCCCGUUCUCUCCGUCCCGCGGUAUAUGUCUAUGAUACCACUAAAUACUUCAUUUAAAUAUAAAUAUAGGGUACCUUAUCCCCCCUUUUUAACAGAAAAUGUCCAUAAUAAUGACACAGUUAUUUUAGUCCUUGAAUAUACCCAUCAUUGUGAAAUGUUACAUUGCAUAGUCAAUAUAUCUGGGGUUAGGUCUUCGUAGCCUUUGUGAUCGACGAGGAAUACAAGAUCCACGGUAGUCGUUUGCGCUGCUUACUUCGCCUCCAUUCUCAUGCCCUGGUUCUACGUGGUUAGUCUCUUGUUUAUCUUCCUCAUCUUGAUUUCCGCUUUCAUAACUGUCAUCUACCUUGGGUCUACACUGCUCAAACCAUCUAUGCCAUUCCCCAUUUUCGAUAGCUUCAUCCGAUAUUACGCCCCUUUCCAUAACUGUAUCAUGCGGUCCGUAGUAACAUUUGACGUCAUCCGGGUGUCUUUUAAAGAUCGUCCCAUCACGCUUUCUUUCGAUAGUUAGGAAUCGACCAUCAUCUGAGCAUUCAACAAUCUCACAAUUCUCUGGAAGGAAUACAGGAUCAAACUUGGAGGACUUUCUGUAAUUUCGUAACAUGACAUCAUCUCCAAUUUGAAACUCUGACGGUAUCUUAUACUUAGAUGCAUUAACUUGGUCCUGACGAUCCUGUUUCAUUGCCUUGUCCUUUCCUCUAGCCUCUUCCACUUGCUCUGCAGGUACAGAUCUUCUUGGGAAGGCACUCUUACUACCCUCUCUGAAAAGCAUAGCAGCAGGGGGAAUACCAGUAGCUGGGUGUGGGGUGUCACGAUAAUUCAUCAACAGGUGGUUAAGUGCUUCUUUCUCCGAGGACCUAUUAUAGUGUGCUAUUUUCAUGGUUUUUCCAAGUGGCUUCAUAAAGGUCUCCACAGGAUUAGCCGAUGGGUGCAAUGGAGGGAUCUUCUUCAAAUGGAUAUCUCGCUUCUGAGCAAAUGCUUCCAUAGCUUCCGAGUUAAAUGGUGGUCCAUUGUCCGAGAGUUGAUGUUCUGGGUUUCCAUACGAAUUAUAUAUCUCGUCCAUAGCCGGGAGAACAUGGGAAGCUUUGGUAGAGGCAACCAACUUUGCAGCUGGAAAUCUUGAAGCUAGGUCCUGUACGACAACUAUAUGCUUUGAGGACGGCAUAGGGCCAAAUAGAUCUACUGCAACCGUCUCCCAACAUUUUCUUGGUACCUCGUGCGCUUUAAUUGGUUCGGACGUCUUCUUGUCACUGAACAUAUUGCACUCUUUGCAACUCUCGACGAAUUGCUUCACUUUGGGAUGCAUAUCAUGGAAGAAAAAGUGAUACCUUAGACGCCUUUCAAUCCCACUCUGUCCCAUGUGACUUCCUCUAUGGGCCAGCUGAAUUGCUGUAUCUUGCAGGCUCUCUGGAAGAAUAAUUCUCUCUCCUUUGAACAUAACGCCGUUUCCUGCGAUGGUUAUUUCUGGGAUAAGUUGCUCGAACCUUCGUACUUUAGGAUGCAAAGUUUUUGGUAUCCAUUUUCGAUCAUUUUGUAUGAUCUUUGCAAGCUCAGUUAAUGUUUCAUCCAUCUUCGUGUGUAUUGCAAUAUUCCCAAUCCCAAUGCUAUCCAUAACUGGCGUGGUGUGUAGCAUAUAUAAGAGAUUAUUGAGCUCUUCCGCUUCUUCUCGCUCCUCGUUCGUCAUCAUUUGUAAAGGUUUGGCUUUCCUUGACGUAAAAUCAACUUGAUUAAGCUUUCCUUCUUGGUACACGACCUCGUACCUAACAUCUUGAUGCCGUAGCUUGAUACGAUCUGUGCGGAUUGAACCCUUCUGGUUCUUGUUAAAAAUAGAACAAAGAGGUUUAUGAUCCGUUACCACAUAGAUCGUCUGUGGUGCUCCUACGAGGUAAUUGCGAAACCUUCUUAGGCCAAAAUCAAGACUCAUUGCCUCUAAAUCGAGCUGAGGAUAUCUUGCUUCAGUUUGGCUAGUCGUUCUGGACGCAAAUGCGACUGGUUUGGCUUCUCUCACACUGUUCCCUUGGGCAAGCAUUGCUGCUAGACCGGUCAUGUGAGCAUCCACGAAUACAUACGUUGGCUUGCUCAUGUCGAAGUAUCUAAGAAGUACAUCUUUCCGGAAUGCGUCAAUCAGCCUUUGAAAACAUAUCUGGUGCUCGUCGCUCCAAACAAAUCUUGCUCUCCCUUUCGUCAACUCUCGAAGCUUUGCCGACCUCUGCGCAAAAUUUGGAAUAAAGUCCGAGUUCGAUUGCAUCAUGCAUAGGAAACUGAUUAAUUCUUCUUUGCUAGUCGGGGCAGUAAGAUGUCCAAGUGCUUCCACCUUCGAGGGAUCCGGUUUAACACCAUCUUCACCAUAGAUCAUUCCCCAAAACGAAAUUUAUUUAUUUCCAAACUGGUACUUUUUUGCAUUCAGUGUCAUCCCUGCGUCCGAAAUGGCCUGCAUACAAAGGUCAACCGAUCGAUCAUGAUCUUCAACCGUCCUAGCAGCUACGAUAAGGUCGUCAUGGAUUAGAUGGGCGUUGGGAAUAUGCGCCAAUACCGGGAGGAGCGCAGCAUUUAAUUCUCCUUGCGAUGGUUUAACUGCAUGCCGUUGAUUUUGGACUUCAACAUACUGUACUCUUGCAUAGCAUUUGUACAAUGUUUGUCAAUUACUUCCAACAUGGGUAGAUUCAUCUACAUAUUUCCAAACAAAAAUUUACAUCACCCAAAACGUCGAGGUUGUUUAUCAUGACCAAAAACAGCCAGGGACCAAGUUUGGUCCCUUGCGGUACACCGGCAGGCACCGUUUUCCACUCAUAGAAACAGUCGUCACUUAAUUUGACUCUUUGUCUACGAUCUGUAAUGAAGUCUAAUACCCAAAGUAUAGAGUGGUAUUAGGGAUAUCGUAUUUUGUCAGAUUGUUUAGCAGGAUAUUGUGAUCGGUCAUAUAUCCGAAAGUCAAAGAGAAUUAUUCAGUUUGUGGAGCCGUUGGCUGAUCUGUAAUUUUAUGCCAAGAGUGUAACAUACAGUACUAAUCAAAACGUACGUGGUACUGGCGUUUGGGAUGGUACCAAAUUCACUUUCAUCGAUCUUGGCUAAUUUAAAUGUUGCUCGACCACAAACUCUUCCUUUUGAUAAAACAGGAGUCAAUGAAAUUGGGCACAAGUGGUCAUUUAUGUCUGUUAUCAGUUUCUUUUUAGGGAGUGGAUGUAAUCUCAGCAGUCUUUCAGGGUUGCGGGACAUGACAGUCACAACUGGAAGCGCGUUUUCCUUCAAUACCCAAUAAACAUUUGAAUAUUUAAUUUUAGCUGCUUAUUACUGUUCUAUAAACGAGGCAAUAAAAGAGGGUAAUAAUGCGCAUUUAAACAUUCACAUUUACUAUAGGCUAAUGACUCGGCAAAAUUACCAAACAGUCGGCAAAAAAACCACUCACCCCCACCCCCACUAGAAGAGGGUUAGCGCCGCCCUUGGACCGAGAUGGCUAGUACAAAACCACAGAGAAAGUGCAAGCAGUUGUUAAUGCACCUCAACCAACUAACACUCAGCAACUCCGUUCUUUCUUAGGUCUUGUGAACUAUUAUCACAAGUUUUUGCCAAAUUUGGCAACUAUUCUGCACCCAUUGAAUCGAUUAUUAGAACAAGGACGGAAAUGGGAGUGGACAGAAGAGUGUAGUAGUGCAUUUUCCAAAGUGAAGAAGUUGAUCACAUCAGACAUGGUUCUUAUACAUUAUGACCCAAAGUUUCCUCUGAAACUUGCCUGUGAUGCCUCGCCCGUGGGAAUAUAUGUGCAGUUUUGUCCCAUGUGAUGCAAGAUGGGACAGAGAGACCAAUCGCAUUCGCAUCACGUACUCUGACCAAAACAGAACAAAAUUAUUCGCAAAUUGAUAAAGAAGCGCUUGCUUUGGUAUGGGGAGUAAAAAAAUUCAACCUUUACUUGUUUGGUCGGCAUUUUACGCUGGUGACCGAUCAUGGACCACUUACCGCAAUAUUCAACCCAAUGAAAGGAAUUCCAGCAAUGACAGUUGCUCGGUUGCAAAGAUAUGCUCUAUUUCUUGCUGGAUUCGAAUACGGCAUAGAAUACAAAAGUACGUCUCAACAUGGAAACGCUGCUGGAUUAUAGCGAUUACCACUGAAAGAAAGAGAGAACACAGAGAUGAUUGACCCAGCUGACGUUUUUCAUGUUUCACAAGUAGAAAUGAUUCCAGUUAGUGCAGCGAUGAUUCGCCAGGAAACACAGAGAGAUCCAACGUUGUCCCAAGUACUCAAACAUGUCAGACUAGGGUGGAAACCAGUCAACACCAAAGCAUUGGAACCGUUCUAUAGACGAAAGGAAGAAUUACUGUUCAAGAUGGAUGCUUGAUGUGGGGAUCUCUCGUGAUAAUUCCACCAAAACUUCAAAAACGAGUGUUAGACGAACUGCAUGAAGGUCAUCUCGGAAUUGUAAAAAUGAAGGCAUUAGCCAGAAGUUAUAUGUGGUAGCUAUCUAUAGAUCAGUCAAUUGAAGAUGUGGCAAAAACCUUCUCAGGUUGUCAACUCGUUCAAAAUAACCCAAAAAAUGGUCCAUUACAUCCAUGGGAGUGGCCAGCGUGACCAUGGCAACGUGUCCACAUUGACUUUGCCGGGCCCUUUCUGGGUACAAUGUUUUUGAUUGUCGUGGACGCUUAUUCAAAAUCGUCGGAAGUGGUCCCCAUGACAACUACGAGAACAACUAAAACAAUUGAAGAAUUAAGAUCAAUGUUUGCCAGAAAUGGCAUUCCGGACCAAAUAGUAAGUGACAACGGCCCACAAUUUAUAGCUGCUGAGUUCAGUGUCUUUGUGAAAAACAAUAGUAUCAAACACAUAAGAUCAGCUACCAACGGUCUCGCUGAACGAUUUGUUCAAACAUUCAAACAAGGGAUGCGUGCUUCAAAAUCCAUGCAACAAGUCAAUUUCAGGCAAGCUGGCCAACUUUUUGUUGGCUUACCGUACAGCUCCUCACACAACUACAAGUAAGUCGCCAUCCAUGUUGUUUAUGGGAAGAAACCUACGUACAAAGUUAGAUGUACUGAAACCAGAUGUUAGAAAAAGAGUAGAAGAUAAACAGCUAAACCAAGCCGUAAAGAAAAGUCAGAAUCCUGCCCCAAACUUUCAGAUAGGCCAAAAUGUGGUUGCGAGGAACUACAGGGGAGGAGACAAGUGUGUUCCAGGAACAGGACCACUGUCUUAUCAGUUAGAGUUGCAUCAAACACAGUAUGGAAUCGAUACGCGGACCAACUGAGAGCAACAGGUGUGAAAGCAAACAUCCACGAAGAACAACCAGGACCUACACCAAAGCCCAAAGUUGAGUCUGAUGAUGAGAAUGCAAGGAACAUUAACCCUGACACCUCUUCUGAAGAGACACCCACGGACAAUCCUUCAAUAAUAAUACCACUCAAGAAGAACGUAGACCACCGUGCAAUACCGACCAAGCAAGACGAUAUCCAGCUCGGGAGCGAAGAGCACCUGUGAAACUAAACUUGUGACUUUGACAAUUGCAGGGAGGAAUGUUAUGACAUUGUCUGGUCAGCAGACAUUUGUGUUUAAUUAAGUGGAUGCGCGCGCGUCUACAAAAAAACGUAUAUAGAACGUUGAACUAAAAACAAACUAUGUUUGACUUAUUGUGUUAUUUUUGAGGCUUGAUAUUUCGUAUUAGUGUUGAUUAAAUUUGCAUACUAAAGUGGUGUUGUAUUACUGCGAGACACGACACAAACGACUUCUAUUGUUGUUUCUAAAUUUUAACACUCAUUUUCUCAAACCGUGCAAUUUCGGCAGUUGAGAAAAGAUAUCUCCUGUUGUAUUUGACCAAUUAAGCUAAAAUUUUAAGCAUUUGUUCUUCUAAGUUUGCUGUCUUCAAUGAGCAUAGAGAAUUUCUAUAUCUUAUUUGUAGGUCAUUCUAUUGACGAAAACGUCCCUGGUAAAACCUAUCGCAAGAUGGUAGCAUUGGCACUGCCACAAUAUUUAUCAUAAAAGUUCUAUGCUCAUUUAUGACUGUGACACCUACACUUCUUAACCAUAUAUCUUUUCUCAUUCAUGCCCCUUUUUAGCACCGCAUGAGGUGCGGUUUCCUCGCCGGUGUCAGGUUACAAAUAGUGUUCGUGUAAAAUGGUCCAUUUUAUUGUAAUCUAUAGGUUAUAAGCUUUCAGAUAAUAUAAAGUUUAUCAUACCUACAGUGAAUAACAUCAAUUUUAUAGCUGAUUAAACACCGGUCAUGUUUUCAUAUCUACCCUCCCCUUAUUAAUAUGAACUCAUGGCCGGCGAAAGGCAACCGCGGGCCCCGGGAGAAAUUGGUGAACACGCCCCCUCCCCACGUCCCUCUUGACUCUCACGCUGAUGACCACACCAAAGUCUAUUCUUUCAUCGCAAUCAACGAGGGAAUCGCCAGCGAAUUACUUGCAAGAAAUCGCUGGAGAAGUUUGAUGGCGCGUGGCGUGAAUGCAUGUUACCGUACCAGCAGAUGGACGUAAUAAAUUUGUUCAAACAGUGAAUUCAUUUCAUCUCGUAACUGAUAAAGACGCGAUGUAAACGGCUAACUGCUUUCGCAGAAAAAAAUCGAAAAAUCCGGUUUAUUAAUUUCACAUUUGGUACGUUUUACGAUCCGUCAUGACGAUCAGCAAAUAGUGUGCAAGUAGGUGUAUUUCAUUUAAGACAAGCAUAAAGCGAUGAUAAACGACGGCGAACAUUCACCGGGAUUUCCGGGCCUCUCUGAGUACUCCGGGCCCCAGGUAUUUUGGCCUCCCUGCUCCCCCCUCUCGCCGGCCUUGAAUUUCAUGACAUUCAGUCGAAUGCGCUACCUUUAAAACUUGCACUUUUUUGCCAUAGUAUCCCUUCAUACGGCGGCCCAGACGCGACAGCACAAAAACAGUUUUUGUAUUUUUAGAUUUUUGUAUUUUCUGAUUUUUGUAUUUUCUGAUUUUUGUAUAUUUAUAUUUUUUUAUAUUUUUUGGUUUUGAUAUAUUUGGAUUUGUUUAAUGUUCACUACGCAUUUCACUGAUAUGUGCAUUCCGCAUUUUUUCUCGCUUCCGAACGGCGUUCGACUGUGGACGUUCGACGCAGGCCUGGUUACAAAAUUUGGCGCCUUUUCAAGUUUGAAUUUUCCGAAGUUAAUAUAAAUAGUCAAUGUAUUGUCUUGAAUGACAGAAGUAUUGAUGAAAACUUGAAAAAGUGCCAAAUUUUGUAACCAGGCAAAUUUUAAGAAAGUUUAGGUUUUAGGAAAGUUUUUAAGUUUAGGAAAUUUUAACUAGUUGAAGGAAAUUAUAAGGAAAUUCGAAUCGGAAGGAAAUUUGAAGGAAAUUUCAGAAGAUUGAAGGAAAUGUGAAGGAAAUUGCCUUAUUUCUAAAAAAUUCUAAAGGCCCAUUUACACGAUACGAUUAGUUGUAUACGAUUGUCAUUCUGACGAAUGAAAACGAGUGCUAAUGCCACGUUAUUGCUCAUUCGCUAAUGGCGAAAUUUGAAAUGUGACGUUUGUACGCGUGUUUAUUCGAUCACAUACGCCAGAGUAAGAAUCGUAUACAACUAAUCGUACCGUGUAAAUGGGCCUUAAGAAUACGGCAAUUUCCAAGGAAAUGUGCUUCAAAAUAUGCUGAAAAUCCUGUCCUGCGAAAUCUGAAAAUUUUCUGGGGGAGGACAACAGCACCCCCCUGGUUACUCUCCUUCGUGUUAAUCUAGGUAAACUUUUUGUCUCUCCCCUUUGAUAAUUCAGCUCCUGUAACGUCUAUGUUCCUUCUAGAACAAGAAAUGCCCCGUCGUUCGAGAUAAAUUACUAUAAAAUCAGUUUUAAAUUAGGUAGAAUUCAAUAAUUUUUACUGCAAGGAAAUUUUGUCAAAAAUAAGGAAAUUUCAACAUGAGCUCCACCUUUGAAUUUACUAUAUGAGUAAAUUCUUAAACACGUUCGAAUUUAUCAUUAUGAUAAAUUCGCGGCACAUUUUGAACUUAUCAAUAGAGUUAAUCAUAUAAAUGUAAUGGCACUAAAAGGGAGGCUGGUCGCGCGGGGGUGGGGAGUUUUUCACGGUUUUUUAAAAAAAUAGUUUUUAAAAAAGUUUUAAAAAGUUUUAAAAGAUCGAGUUUUCAGCCAAGAUACGUUUUCGUUGUUUGUCAGCAACAGUUAAAAGCCAGGAAUUGAGAAUUAUUACUAACAUAAGUGGCAUGUAGCAAAGAAAACCUUUCGUAAUAACCGCUAUACUCUUAUUUAUGUCGCAUAAAAACUUCUUAAUCUGAAAUCAUAUCUUCUAAAAUGAAUUGUUAACACAAUGAGAAGACAGCACGCAGUCAUCCAAAUUCCCGCAAUCUGAGCUAGAAAAACUCGUCGUUUGGUCACAAUCAGCGGAUACUUGAGACGUUUUACAAUAAAUAAAUACCGAUCAACAGUAAUGGCGAGAAGUGUAGCCACUGAAACGAACAGCAAUGCCCAACUAGAAGAACAUUUAACUUACAAAACAGAUCCCGAUCACUAUCAAUGUUUAAUAUAGUUUGUAUAAAUUCGAUGAUCCAUAUUGGAUAAAAUGUUAAACACACGAGAAGAUCUGCCAAUGCUAAGUUUCCUACCAAGUAAGAUGUCGCUGUCUUUUCUUUGCUCAAGAGAAUUGUAUAAAUUAUGAUCCCAUCAGGUAAUUUUGUAGUACUUCGAAUACUCAAAUACUUCUAAAUUUUAAGGGUGGUUUGGGCGCGGAGAAGGGGGGAAUAGUCCCCCGACGGGGAAAUUUAUGAAACCAAGUGAACUUGGUCAAUUUUGGGGUGCUGAAUUCGAAAAUCGUUGGUAUACAGGCCGUGGACGUGGCCUUCAGCCUCGUUUUCGCGUUUAAAGCCUCGUUUUAAUGCGAAAACGUUAUCCGCUCGAUUGAAGCGAAAACAAUGAAUAAUUUGUUUAAUAUACUCACUUUUAGGUAUUUUUAGGUGCAGAAUUCGAAAAUUAAUUGCAUUCGGACGAUGAACUGGGCCAUCUGCCUCGUUUCCGAGAUUUAUAGCCGCGUUUUUACGCUUUGAAACCAUGUUUUCCGAUUUUAGUUACUAAUAUAUUUAAAUUACACUUUAUGCACGCAUGUUACCAGUACAAGGCAAUGUGUCAUACUUUAAUGCGUAAAACAGGCCAUUUUGUGUACAAACAUGAAAUUUUUUAGCCCCGUACCGAGCUGACGUUUGGGCAUAUUUAAUUGCUGCCGAGCGUAGCUCGGCAGCACACUAAUCUCUACACGUGGUGUGCUUACCACGUGACCGCCGAGUUUAUAGCCGCUACAAUCUCGAUUUAUGUCAUUCUGUCAUCCACGGACGGGCCAAAACUAGCUGUUUUGAUAUUAUUUUUUUGUUCCCGGGGGGGUUUGUUCACAACAUGGCGACUGUUAUAAACGGACAGAAAUAUAAAAAUCAUAAAAUAAUGCGAAUUUCCAUAAAAAUUCCGAGUAAUAUUUGUGAAGAUGAAUGGGUAAAUAAAGCACGGUGUUAUUUUGUGUCUCUGGCGCAAGAAUGAUCGACAAUAUUUUGAAUAAUUCAGGUAAGGAUGGCUUUAUUUCGUUCUCGUAUAGUGAUGUAGUCGUGCCGUGUGCCCUGUCUACCUGUCUGGUGAUAUAUUUUAUAAUACAUGAAGGCAUUUAUAUUUAAAUCUGCUGUUUAUACUAAUAUACUUGUUUAGUCACUUUAGUGUAUUAAACUUCGAUAUAGAGGCAUUGAAACAAAAUGAUUUCAAGAAUAUAUCGGCAAUUAUAAUACCCACUGAAUCACUGAUCUAUUCCCGACCAAAUCGACAGUACUGAUUAAUGCCUUUAUGCUGAUACAAGAAGCAAAUGAACUUUUAGUUUAUUUGUUUGUUAUGUCACUUAAUAUGUGCAAAGCCAAAGGCGGUGAGUAUAUAAUAGUGUUCGGUACGUUCUAUUUCUAAAUGUUUAUAGUUUAAAAACAAACGCGGGAUGUUGUUAAAUCAGGCUUAACAAGAUUCCUAGAGCUACCCAGUGUGGAUUGUUGUCUGCAUAUAUGGACUUAUCAGCAAUUACAUGUAAUAUAGCAUAUCAACUGACUUUUGUAUAAGAUAUGACUUGUAUAAGGCCUCAGUUAUAUAUAAAGCCUAUAAACAUGAUUCUACUGACAUACAUUGAUAUAUACAUAUGCUGUGUUACCACAAUAAUGCUCACAACUUCAACUUCUUUCUAACAAUAUAGUUUUGCAGUUCUGACUGUUCUGAGUAUGAUCUUAUUCAUUCAGAAAUAUAAGCAUUGCACUGUAUUCAAUGGCAAGCUAUCCUGGAUUCCAGAGCCUUCAGUUAAUAAUAAAUUGAAAUAUCGUGAAGGCUCUGGUUCAACGGGAGGAUUCUUUGAUUAAACUGUGCCAAUCACAAAACAGAAUUAGCAGUUUUAGUACAGAUUUUGGGCGUGUUAACCCAUUAAGCGCCAGCGCUCUCCCCUUGACGAGUAAAAUCGUCUGGCGUUAGACAGAGUAAAAUACUCUGGCGUUAGACAGAGUAAAAUACUAAAGUAGGGUGCAUCAGGGUGCAAUGCGACCCAAUGGGUUAACUAGACACAUGGGCAGAUAGAUCAGUUAACCCAUUAAGCGCCAGCACUCUCCCCUUGACGAGUAAAAUCGUCUGGCGUUAGACAGAGUAAAAUACUGUUCAAAGUAGGGUGCAUCAGGGUGCAAUGCGACUCAAUGGGUUAAUAUAGUACAUAACAUAGGUCAUAGACAUACAGUUUCAAUACAAUACAAAAUGAUUUUGAACAACGUCAAGGUCAAUGAAAUCAUACAAAAUGAAUUUAUGGAAUAUCAAUUAAAUGUAUUUAAAACAAACAUAAUUUCAACAUCCCAAUAAGCAAUAACAUCCCAGUAAGUAUAAAUUCAACUAUUUUAAAUCAAUUGUUUGAAUAGCCAAAUUAAAAGUUGUACGAGUGACAAAAUCAUUCAAUAAUAUUCACAUUUUAUCAUUUGUAUUAUGUGUCAACUAUCAAAGUCGCACUGUUAAGUAUAUUAAAAUAUACUUUUCAUAAGAUUAGAUGUAAGAUAUAAUUGUACGAAGGUAACUGAGGAACGACGAUGUGUAAGACAAUAAAUCAUACAUACAGUGAAAAACGCUCUUUUUGUAGCACAUCCUACAUGUACAUAUCGGCAGCAUUUUCCUUGCGAUAGUAACUCCUAGUUUUAAAAUUAGUACGUUCUCGUCGAACUCUUGCAAUGUUGCAAAAUAUCCCAAAUUCGCGAUUUCUCUGUUUUAAUUGAUUAGUUCGAAUAAAAAAGCAUUUCGAUGCGGACAAUUUAUCUAUUUUUCUAGAUCUUAAGUGCUAUAAGGUUUUUAACGAUCGGUAAACGUAAAUAUCCGCGCGAAAAUGCUUGGUCUGAGCAAAAUAAUUAUUACUGAACAAAAUAAUUAUUGGCGGAAGUUGUCGAUUUCACGCUGUAAACAACAUUAAAAACAUAACAGAAUUCGAAGUGUUAUUGUUUCACAGUUCAUCGAAUUAGCAAUCAAGAGUCGUUUGAAUAGGUUUUAGAGACGAUGUAGGAAGAAAUGGCCGAUUGUGUUGUUCACUAUGACUCACUGGACACAUCUAGUGAUAAACAGAUUCGACCAAGUGCAAAUACAUUUGAAACUUUGCUCGAGUGUAAGAAAAUACGAGAGAGUCUGGGCGGUGAAAAUCAUCACAUUGAUCAAUGCAAUAAAAUUCCAGAGAAUUUGGGAGAAAUUGAGUACUUCUACCAUCGAAAAUGUUUUCAAAAGUUUGUAUAUGCCAAAACGUUAUUGAAACGGAAAACAAGCCAAGACGGCUGUCAAGGUUCCAAUAGCAAGCUUCAAAAAUCAACAAGAAAAACAUCACAAAGACAAAGUGAUGAAGCUACUGGCUCUAGAGGACUGUUCCCGAAUAUAUGUAUGAUUUGUAAGAAGAAGGAGUUAAGGGUUAAAAGUGUACGCCAGUCACUAUCUAGGAUUGUCACCGAUACUGCAGAAAGAACACUAAAAGAAGCUGCAAUUGUUCACAAUGAUUUAGAAAUGAUGACAGCCGUCACCGAAACUGAUUUGAAAGCAAAAGAAUUUCAAAAACACGAAAAAUGCUAUCUUGACUAUACUAGAGUCGUCAGGAAAACAGCUGAAUCAACCGAAGGUGGAAAUGAUGACAAACAAUCAGGGGACUACAACGCAGUACUUUCUUUGGUAGACAGUGAUAUUAUAGGCGGUCAGCAAUGUUUGUCAAUGGAAAUACUAAUGACAAGAUAUUGUGGUAAUAUUGGAACAAGGCAAAGCAGAAACAAGCUGAAGGAACGCCUUACGAAGUCAUUUGGCGAUCAAAUAGUUUUUCUUCAAGCAGAAUAUCAUAUUUCGCAAGUGGUGAUAAGUAAAGAAUGUUUGCACAAUCAGAUGAUUUCGGGAAGUUCUACACGUAUUCAACAAUCCGCCUUAAGAAGGGCAGCAUCGUUUCUGCAAGAGUCUGUCUUAAGUUUUUUAGAAGAGGCUGACCCACUUCCAUGGCCACCGACAGUUGAAAGUUUGGUUUCAAGAGAGAGACAAUACCCAGAGCUUCUGCAAUUGCUUUUCAAGGAACUUUUGUCUUUUAAAGGAAGUCAUCACGUCACUGCCGAAAGAGUAGAUCGACUGACUGACUCGUUUUGUCAAGAUGUCAUUCACGCUGUUUCAAAGGGGAAAUUCCUUACGCCAAAACACGCAUCACUAGGUCUUGGCCUUCAUAGUAUGACUGGUCAAAAACUACCGAUAACUAUACUGGAAAGAUUAGGACAUUGUAUUACAUACGACGCAAUCAACGAAAUCGAGACUGCUCAGGCUGAGCUGGUAGAGCACUUUCAAUCCAUGGGUCUGAACUUACCUCUUCAACCAGCAGCAAUUGGUUCCAAAGUAAGUAUAUCAGUUUACGAUUAUUGAAACUAAACUCGCAAUCUGACAGUGAAAAAAAAAGCAGACAACGAUGAUGAUGCGCGCUAAGCUUUAGAACUAUGUAAGCGAGUUACGAACUUCGCCGUAAAUUGUUUACAUUUUUAUACCAUAGUCUAUUUGUAUUUCAUCACAACAUUUGUAUACGAUCAAUUUAGAUUGGAAUUGAAAUUUUUUACUAAAUUCACAAUAAGAAAGUCUCAGUAAGGUAAUUUUCGCUUAGAAAUAAUCAACAAAAUUAAGUUGUAGCAUUUUCCCCUUAAGGUAUCAACGAUAUUCUGGUGGGAUAACUUUGAUCGCAAUGUUGAAACUGCGUCAGGCGCUGGUUCUAUCCAUAAUACACCAGGAAUAGCGUUUCAAGAACACUCUGACGCAGCUGUGAUGAGACAAGACGAUAUAAGCAUUCCCAGGUCAAAGCGACGAUCGAUCCAACUCCCCAAAGAGACGGUUGAUAAGCGAGUGGCAGUCAACCCAAAAGCAGAAGCACCAUCGCUUGCUAAAAUACAGAGCAGACCAGCUCCUACUAGUGCACAAAUGUAUUGUUCGAAACUGUUGCAGAUAUGGAAAUCAGUGCGAUAUCUGAACUCGGCUAAUCAGACAAACCCCCGGUUCGUAGGUUGGAUCGUACGUCGUUUUCAGCAGGCUCAUAGCAAGGCAACACUGAUGACAUACCUGCCUCCUAUUUCUUCUCCAAUAACCGAAUACUCCACCAUCAUAGAAAUGUUCCAUCAAUCUAGGCAGCUGGCGAAGCUAUCCAACAUGUCCUACACUCACAUCACCCUCGAUGCGGGAGCUGCAAUCAAGGCCUUUCAUGUGGUUUGGAACAAUCCAGCUGCGUGGUCCGACAUAAUAAUCCAUCUGGGAGAUUUUCAUGCAAUGAUGACCUUUUUUGCAGUUAUUGGACGUUUCGUGGAGAACAGUGGAUUCGAAGAUGGGUUAUUUCAAGCUGGUCUGUGUAGCUCUGGAAGUAUUACGGGAGUGAUGAGUGGAAAGCACUACAAUCGAUGUUGGCUUGUUCACGAGGCUUUUUCUGAAGCAUUAGAAAGACUUUUUGUAAAACAAUAUCUACCGACCAUGCCAAAAAAAGUCGAGGAGUGCGCACAAAGUAACCUCGCGCAAGCAACGAGUUUAACCAACAUUCUUAACGAUGACACUGUUAAAGAAUAUGUUGAUCAAUGUCAAAUACAGAAAACCAAAUGUUUGAAUGGAGAAUUCG